GCUUCCCACAUGGUGGUGUGUGAGGCGGCAAGACAGACAAAACCUUUACUUCACACUCUUGGGAAUCACUUUUGGACGUCCGAGUUAACCUGUUGCAGAAGUAUGGCGUCACAGAAAACAAUCAAGAACUUCUGUAUGCCUGUCAUUAAGCGCAAGAGCGAGGAUUUAGAGGUUAAUGAUGUCACCAAAAAAUCAAAGAUUGAUGAGCAAAAUGAUCCUUCCAGUGAUCCUUCCAGAACGCCCCCAACGUGUCGUGAUGAGAAGGUCCAAUCUGGCCUUACCCCAGAGCAGAAACAAUGCAUGAUGCAAAACCAAAUUAAGGCAGAGAUAAAACAACAGUGUAAGAAAUCUCCAGGUCUGCAUGAGAACAUUGGUCAUAGUUGGUACCUGGCCCUCAAGUCUCAGUUCUCUCAGCCCUACUUUGAGAAGUUGAGUAAAUUUUUGGAAUAUGAGCGCAAUCGAGCAACAGUCUUCCCCCCAAAGGAUCAGGUGUUCUCUUGGACUCAAGCAUGUAAGUUGCAGGACAUCAAAGUGGUCAUCUUAGGACAAAAUCCUUAUCAUAUACCAGGACAAGCACAUGGUCUAUGUUUCAGUGUUCAGAACGGUGUGCCACCACCUCCAAGUUUGGUGAACAUGUACAAGGAACUGAAGUCAGAUAUCCCAGGAUUUGAGCAGCCAUCACAUGGAUACUUACUUGGUUGGGCACAACAAGGUGUCUUACUACUCAAUGCUUGUUUAACAGUCAGGGCCCACAAAGCUAACUCGCAUAAGGACGAAGGCUGGGAGAAGUUUACCGACUCGGUCAUCAAAACAAUAUCAGUACAUAAUGAAGGUGUUGUUUUCCUUUUGUGGGGAUCAUAUGCCAAGAAGAAAGCUAAAGUUGUUCAUACGAAGAAACAUCAUCUGCUCAAGGCUGCAUUACCACUGUUUGGUCAUCGUGGGUUCUUUGGAUGCAAACACUUCUCCAAGUGUAAUGAACUUCUUGAGAAGGGGGGGAAGAAGCCAAUAGAUUGGACAUAUUUGCCACCACAUAUAUAAUAAGGAUGAAUUGAAGUUCAUGAUCAUCAGUGUUUUACAACCAUUUUCAUUUGUAAAUGUUGCCUUUGCCUUGUUCAUUACAGUACUAUUUUUUUAACACUGAUUAACCCUAUUUCACAUCAAGAUGUGAAUUGUGUCAAAUCAUUAGGUAGUGCUAUUUGCUUCGUUGAUGCGAAUUAUGUCAUCGAACUUUAAAAAAAAAAUUUACUCCCCAAAAAGUUUUCAAGCGCAUUGGGUCAAAUUUUCGUGCAUCAUUGAUGACUCCAUGAUCUUGCUGGGGAAGCUUCUGAUUGGUCACAUUUGCACCUUUUUGCCUUUUCCAUAUGUCUGGUAAAUGUUUUUGACUGAUGGAGAGGCAUUUGUUUACAAAUUUGUUUUUGUUUUAUUCUAUAUUGCCAAAUGAGAAGUUUCAGUUUCCUCUGUUUUGUCAUCUGCUACCUACAACUAUUCAUUUCACUCUUUAUACAGUUAUACAUAGAUAACAAAUAUGGUUGUUCCAGGCACCAAUAUGUGUCAGUACUGAUGCAGGAAGGUAAGGAAGCCUAU